CCGGCGGCACCGCGGCGGGGCCAUGGCGGGCAGCGGGCGCUGGCGCCUGCUCCUCAUGCUCCUGCUGCUCCCAGGGCUCUGCGCCGCCUUCAACGUCGACGUGAGCAGCCCCCGGCUCUUCCCGGGGCCGCCCGAGGCUCAGUUCGGCUACAAGGUGCUGCAGCGGGCGGCCGGCGGGCGCAAAUGGCUGCUGGUGGGAGCCCCCUGGGACGGGCCGGCCGGCGACCGCCGCGGCGACGUCUACAAGUGCCUCGUGGGAGCCGCCAACGGCACGUGCGCCAAAGCCAACUUGGGCGACGCAGCCCUGCAGCGCGUCCCCCUCCCCGCCAAAAACAUGCAUUUCGGCAUGACCCUGCUGGAGGGCCCUGACGGCGGCUUCGUGGCCUGCGCCCCGCUCUGGUCCCAGGAGUGCGGCACCUCCGUCUUCAGCACCGGCGUCUGCACCCGGCUGGACGGCGACCUGCGGCCCGUGGAGACGUUGGCGCCCACGGCCCAGCGCUGCUCCACCUACAUGGACAUCGUCAUCGUGCUGGACGGCUCCAACAGCAUCUACCCCUGGUACGAGGUGCAGAACUUCCUCAGCAACGUCCUCAGCAAGUUCUUCAUCGGGCCCGGCCAGAUCCAGGUCGGGGUGCUGCAGUACGGGGAGCGCGCGGUGCACGAGUGGACGCUGGGCCAGUACCGCACGGCGCGGGAGGUGGUCGAGGCUGCCAGGAACCUGAGCCGGCAGGAGGGCCGCGAGACGCGCACCGCCUUCGCCGUCCGCCGCGCCUGCACCGAAGCCUUCAGCCCCGAGCGGGGCGGCCGGCGGGACGCCGCCAGGCUCAUGAUCGUGGUGACGGACGGCGAGUCGCACGACGGCGACGAGCUGCCCGCCGCCUUGGAGGAGUGCGACAAGCGCAAUGUCACCCGCUACGCCAUCGCGGUGCUGGGCCACUACCUCCGGCGGCAGCAGGACCCCGAGGACUUCAUCCGCGAGAUCAAGUCCAUCGCCAGCGACCCCGACGAGAAGUAUUUCUUCAACGUCACCGACGAGGCCGCCCUCAAUGACAUCGUGGACGCGCUGGGCGACCGCAUCUUCAGCCUCGAAGGGACCCGCGGCAACAACGCCAGCUCCUUCCAGCUGGAGAUGUCCCAGAUCGGCUUCUCCACCCACCUCCUGGAGGACGGCAUCCUUUUCGGCAUGGUCGGAGCCUACGACUGGGACGGCGCCGUGCUCAAGGAGGGCCGCGGCGGCCGCAUCGUCCCCCCGCGGAAAGCCUUCGAGGAGGAGUUCCCGCUGGAGCUGAAGAAUCACGCUGCUUAUCUGGGCUACGCCGUGUCCUCGCUCCGGCUGCGCGGCGGGAAGCGCCUCUACGUGGCCGGGGCCCCUCGCUUCCAGCACAAGGGCAAGGUGAUCGUCUUCGAGCUGGGCGCCGCGGGGGACGUGGCGGUGGCCCAGGCGCUGGUGGGUGAGCAGAUCGGCUCCUACUUCGGCAGCGAGGUGUGCGCCCUGGACGCGGACGGCGACGGGGCCACCGACGUGCUGCUCGUGGCCGCCCCCAUGUACCUGGGCGCCCAGAGCAAGGAGACCGGCCGCGUUUACGUCUACCGAGUGGGGCAGCGGCUCCUGGCCCCCGCCGGGACGCUGCACGCCGACAAGAAGCCGCAGGACUCCCGCUUCGGCUACGCCCUGGCCGCCGUGCCGGACCUCAACCACGACGGCUUCAACGACGUGCUGGUGGGGGCACCGCUGGAGGACGGCCACCGCGGCACCGUGUACGUCUACCACGGCGCCCCGGGCGCCCUCCUGCCCCACUACAAGCAGCGCAUCGAGGCCGCGGCGCUGAGCCAGAGCCUCAGCUAUUUCGGGCGCAGCCUGGACGGGCGGAUGGACCUGGACGGCGACGGGCUGGUGGACCUGGCCGUGGGGGCGCAGGGGGCGGCCGUGGUCCUGCGCUCCCGCCGGAUCAUCCAGGUCAACGCGUCGCUGACGGUGGAGCCGCCGGCCAUCAGCGUCGUCCAGAAGAACUGCCAGCGGGGCGGCGCCGACGCCGUCUGCCUCCGCGCCAAGGUCUGCUUCCGGGCCGGGACGCGAGCCCGGGGCCGCUGGGACAGGGACAUCGAUCUCCAGUACAACGUGUCCCUGGAGGAGCGGACGCCGGGCGCCCGGGCCGCCUUCGACUCCUCGGCCCGGCGCCUCCUGCAGAAGCGGCUCGAGCUCUCGCUGGGGCGGCAGAGCUGCGUCCGGUUCCCCUUCCACGUCCUGGACACCACGGACUAUCUGAGACCCCUCAACUUCACCGUGACGUUGGGCCUGGCCGAAUCCGCCCCGGGCCCCGUGCUGGAUGAGAACUCUCCCACCACCGUGCGGAAACUGAUCCCCUUCUUCAAGGACUGCGGCGACGAUGACGAGUGCGUCACGGACCUGGUGCUCCGGGCGAGCAUGGACAUCACGGGCUCCAGGCAGAGCCCCCACGUCCUCCGCAAGGGCAGGAGGAAGGUGGUGGUGGACGUGGCCCUGGAGAACAAGAAGGAGAACGCCUACAACACCAGCCUGCAGCUCCGCUUCUCCAGGAACCUGCACUUCUCCAGCCUUGCGCUCCAGGACAAGAGCCAGGUGAAGCUGGAGUGCACGGCGCUGGCGGGACACGGCCGCCUCUGCAGCGUCGGCUACCCCGUCUUCCGCUCGCUGGCCAAGGUCACCUUCACCCUGGAGUUCGAGUUCAGCUGCUCCGUCCUGCUCGACCAAGCCGAGGUCGAGCUCGUGGCCGGCAGCGACAGCGCCGAGGCCAACGCCACGCUGCACGACAACGCGGUGCAGCUCGCCGCCGCCAUCCGCUACGAGCCCGACCUCUUCCUCUCCAGCGACGCCAACCUGCACCGCUACGAGGUGCGUCCGCCCGGCGCCUUCCCCCACGGCCCCGGGCCCGAAUUCAAGACCACGGUCAAGGUCCAGAACUUGGGCUGCUACCCGGUGCGAAACCUCACCCUCCGCAUGGCCCUGCCGGCGCUCGGCUACCGCGGCGCCGCCUUCCUCUCCGUCACCCGCGUCAUCGCCGACAACGCGAGCUGCGUGCUGCGCGCCCCGGGCGAGGAGCCGCGGGCGCCCGCCGCGGUCCCCGUGCACCCCGAGGACCUGCUGCGCGUGGAGAGGCUGAACUGCAGCAACGCCGGGUGCCAGGUGCUGAGCUGCGAGCUGGGGCGGCUGGAGCGCGGCGGCGACGUCUCCGUCCACGUCCUCCGCGCCGUGCACGACGCCUUCUUCCGCGCGGCUCGCUUCAGGAGCGUGAAAAUCAUCAGCACCGUCUCGCUGCUGGCGCCCGCCAGCAGCCCGCUGCUCCUGGAGCGGACGGCGCGGCGGCGCGAGACGGUGCUCGAAAUCCUGCAGCCCAAGCGGGUCCCCGUCUCGCUCUGGAUCCUGGUGGGCAGCAUCGUCGGGGGGCUGCUCCUGCUGGCGCUGAUCGUCUUCGGCCUCUGGAAGCUGGGCUUCUUCAGCCGCAAGAAGCUCCCCGAGGAGGAGGCGGAGGAGGAGCAGUGAGAGCAGGCGCCGGCGAGGACCGUCUCGCCUCCGGCCUCGGCGCCGAGGGCGACGCCGGCGCCCGCACGCAGCCAGGUGAGGUUGGGGUCC